AUGCCUCCGAAAAAGAAGGGUGGAGAUGGGCCUUCUAAGAAGGCCAUUGAAAAGGAAAAGAAAAAAAUCAUAGAAGAUAAAACUUUUGGAUUAAAAAAUAAGAAGGGUGCUAAACAGCAGAAAUUUGUGCAGCAGGUGCAGAAGCAGGUCACUUAUGGAAAUAAAUCUUUCCGAGAUAUCGAAAAAAUCCAGCAAGAAAAAGAUACAAAAAAGAAGAAGAGCGAAGAUGAUGAAAUUAGUCAAUUAUUUAAACCUGUUGUAGAACUUCAGAAACUGUCCAAAGGCGCUGAUCCAAAAUCUGUUCUCUGCAUAUUUUUUAAACAGGGGACUUGUACCAAAGGUGAUAAAUGCAAGUUCUCGCACGAUUUAAAUAUCGAGCGAAAGACUGAAAAAAGAAAUCUUUAUGAAAAUGAGAUAAAUGAAAUGGAUGAAUGGAAUCAAGAAGAACUUGAAGAUGUUAUUACUAAGAAGCAUGGUGAAAAAAAUAAGGGUCUUCCCCCAACCACUAUUAUUUGCAAAUACUUCCUUGAUGCCGUCGAAGUGGGCAAAUAUGGAUGGUUUUGGAAUUGUCCAAAUGGUGAUAAUUGCCACUACAAACAUGCCCUUCCGCCGGGUUUUGUCCUCAAAAAGGAUAAAAAGAAGAUGGAAGAGCAAAAAGAAGAUGCUAUAACUCUGGAUGAACUUAUUGAAACAGAACGCCGUGCACUUGGAAUGAAUCAGACCAAAGUCACACUUGAAACUUUCUUAGCUUGGAAGAAGCGAAAGCGAGCCGAAAAGAUUGCCGCCGGCGAGCUCGAAAAGAAAAAGAAACAAUCCAACUUUGCUCAUGGACGUCUUAUUGGUAUCUCUGGUCGUGAAAUGUUCGAAUUCAAUCCUGACUUUGUUGAUGAGGGCGAGGAAAUCGACGGUGAUGUUGCUGAUUCUCGUCUUCGGGAGGAAGAUGAAAAUGAGGAGGAGUUUGAAGUUCAUGACAUUGAUAUCAAUGCUUUCGCUGUUGAUAUCGCUGAUGAUAUUGGUGAGUUUUUUCUUCUUACUUUCUUCCUUUAUUGGUGUUUAGUUUUUUAUGCGUACAACGUUUGUUCGAGCUCCUUUUUUUAA